AUGCUACCAAGCUCAGCAUCUACGAAUCCCACGAUCGUCCUUGUUCACGGGGCCUGGCAUUCGCCCGAAUGCUUCGAUAGUCUCCGCAAAGUGCUUGAGGACCAUGGCUAUCCAACGGAGGCGCCUGGCCACCCUUCAGUGGGAGCCGAGCCGCCGACCAAGACACUAGAGGACGACGUGAUCAAUAUGCAGAUAGUAUUGAAUAAGCUGAUCGAGGACGAAGGGAAAGAAGUCGUCCUUGUGGGCCAUUCAUACGGCGGAACCGUGAUUUCCAAUGCCAGCGACGGGCUGGGACGUGACCAGAGAGCGGUAGCUAAGAAACGCGGAGGUAUCGUGCUGGCUAUCUAUUUGGCGGGAUUCUUGGUACCGAAAGGCGCCACCUUAUUUGAUGGACUGGGCGGUGCGUGGGCACCGUGGAUGAGAUUCAAUGGCGAAUACUCUUAUGCCUCUGAUGAAGCCAAGCGCUUCUAUGGUGACCUCUCCCCAGAAAACCAACAGAGAUGGGUAUCAAAACUUCGCCACGGGUCCAAAGCAUCCUACCUCUCUCUGAUCACGCACGACCCAUGGAGGCACAUGCCUUGCGGGUAUAUUCUCUGCGAAAAUGACUGCGCUCUGCCAUUCCCGGUCCAAAAGAUGUUGGUAUCCUCCACUGAGCAGAAAAUGCAGGGCGACAGCAGCAUUGGUGCUCAGAAGCUAUUGACGGCGAAUUUAAAGGCUUCUCAUUCACCAUUCCUGAGCAUACCGGAAAAGACAGCCGAAGUCAUCGAGGAUAUGAUCGGCAAAAUAUGUAGAAGCUCUUAG